AUGUGGGACUCCGCAGGUCUCAUCUACUCUGGCACUUACACCGAGGUCGUCAACACAAAUGCGCCCAUGGAUACCAUCCCAUACUGGUUCCGCGGGACGCGCCUCAAUUUCGCGGAGAAUAUACUUUUCUCUGCUGACGGGAACGAUCCCUCGAGAACGACCACGCGGAACAAGGAGGAUAGCAAGAUUGCUGUGACAGAGGUGCGAGAGGGAAACACCGAGAUGCGGAACAUGUCCUGGGGCGAGGUACGGCGGCGUGUCGGACUGCUGAGCAACGCGAUGAGAGCAAGAGGCGUGAAGAAGGGGGAUCGGGUUGCAGUGGUGGCAAGCACGAGUUUUGAUACGUUUAUCUGCUUUAUGGCGAUCGUUAGUCUUGGUGGACUAUUUUCGAGCAGCAGUACGGAUAUGGGGAGUAAAGGUAUACUGGAGAGGCUGCUGCAGAUCAGGCCGAAGUUUUUGUUUGCAGAUGAUUGGGCGGUGUACAAUGGGAAGACGACGGAUUUGAGGCCGAAGAUUGCAGAGAUCGUGGAGGGAAUGAAAGUCGUGCAGGAGUUUGAGGGGGUGGUAUUGCAGCCUCGGUUUGCUGGAAGACCAGCGGAUACAGAGGGUGUCCCGAGAGCUAUGAAGCUGGAGAAAUUUGUUGAGGCUGCGAAUGGAGAUGAAAAGUUGGUGUUUGAGAGGGUGGAAUUCCGAGAUCCGUUCAUCGUGGUCUACAGCAGUGGGACGACUGGGAUACCGAAGUGCAUCGUUCAUAGUGUGGGAGGGGUUCUGAUAAGUAUGUUGAAAGAGGAGAAGCUGCACAAAGAGAUGGGUCCGGAUAGCGUGAUGUUGCAAUACACAACAACUGGCUGGAUAAUGUACCUGGUAAGCAUACAAUCCCUCGUUUCCGGUAGCCGCUCCAUCUUCUACGACGGCUCCCCCUUCGUCCCUUCCCCCCAAGCCUUCCUCUCCAUCCUCUCUACCCAGCGCGUCACCGAUUUCGGUACCUCCCCUCGAUUCCUCCAUGAGCUCCAAAAGCACAAUAUCACACCUCGCAAAGACUUCGACCUCUCCGCUCUCCGCUCCGUCUGCACAACCGGCAUGGUCCUCUCCAACGCCCUCUUCGAAUGGUUCUACGACACCGCGUUCCCACCUUCGGUCCAUCUGCGCAAUAUAUCUGGUGGCACCGACCUCGCAGGCUGCUUUGGCAUCAUGAACCCACUCGAGCCCGUUCACGUCGGCGGCUGCCAGGGCCCGACGCUCGGCACGCGCAUGGAAGUCUACGACUCGCUAAUCGAGUCCGGACCGGGGCGCGCAGUGCCUGACGGCGAGCCCGGAGAGCUCGUCGCAACAGCCUCAUUCCCCAACCAGCCCGUGUUCUUCUGGGGCGAUGAGUCCGGCGAGCGGUAUCACAGUGCAUACUAUGCGCGCUUCCCACAUGUAUGGACGCACGGCGACUUCAUCCAGUACCAUCCUGUCACGGGCCAGGUGCUGUUCUUAGGUCGGGCAGAUGGUGUGUUGAAUCCGAGUGGAGUGCGUUUCGGCAGCAGUGACAUAUAUUCUGUGAUUGAAACGCAUUUCUUGGAGGUUGCGGAUAGUGUGUGUGUUGGCCAACGGAGGCCGCAGGACAGUGACGAGAGCGUGGUGCUGUUUCUGAAGAUGAAGGACGGGGAGCGGUUUACGGACGGGCUGGUGGAGAGGGUGAAGCGGAAGAUUGGUGAAGAGAGGAGUAAGAGGCAUGUGCCGCGGUAUGUGUUUGAGACGUGGGAUAUACCGGCGACCGUGAAUGGGAAGAAGGUAGAGUUGCCCGUGAAGCAGAUCCUGAGCGGGAAGAUCGUCAAGCCGAGCGGGACGUUAGCAAAUGCUCAGAGUCUGCAGUUCUACUACCAAUUUGCGAAGGUGGAGGAAGUGCUGCAAAAGAUGAAGGAGGAGAAGGAGAGGAGGACAAAGAGCAAGUUGUAG